AUGUAUUGCGCCAAGCUGUCUGACAUCUGUGACGCGUGUGUGUCACCACUACAUAUGAUUUCACAGUGGUUACAAGUACCAUUUCAGCAUGGGAUCCACCACCACGUGCCGCACAAUUUCCAAAAGCAUCAUACAGGUAAAAGGCAGGCAGUAUCCAAGGAGACUCGAGAUGUCCCAGUUGGACGUUGUGAGGAAGAGUACACCGUACUGUACUCCGUUCUCAUUGGGGCAUCCAGCGUGGCUCCCCUGCAUACCUGGAGUACUGCCCGAGGCGCAAACAAUAAGCUCCGUUUGGCCACAAAAUGGCUUCGCUAUUACUGGCCAGAGCAACAGCUACACUGA